ACAGUCAGUGUUUUACUCCAGAUGCAGAGCAGAUAGUGUUGUGCUCCAGACACUGUAGACAAGCUCUCCUCAUCUGUCAGGUCUCUCAACAAUUCAUUCAGGUUUUUGUCCACUUUAAAGCAAAAACAGCACGUCUGAUCAGCAUAAACCUUUUUAACAUCGGACCAUGCGUGAAGGACUUUUAAAACUUCUUUGCAUCUUCACGUUUUCGUUUAGUCUUUUUAAAGCAUCAGCUGUUAUUUAUCAGGUUCCUGUGAGACUGCAGCGCACAGUAUCAGAACACAGCACGGGACGCCCCCCUGCUGGAGCAAACACACUCAACAGGAACUGGUGCCAGUACACAGUACAGAAGACCGUUUCAUGCCAGACACACAAUGGGACAGAGACUGUUGUGCAGCGACUGUUUCAGAGUUGCCGCUGGCCUGGGCCGUGUUCAAACCUCAUCAGCUACAGAACGCUGAUGAGACCUGUGUACAGAGUGACCUACAGGAAAAUCACUUCACUGGAAUGGCGCUGCUGUCCAGGAUUCCAUGGGGAAGACUGCAGAGAGGAGUGCAUGAACUGCACUGGCUAUGCUGACAUCAAUGGGCGGCUGAGUGUCAUUGAAGCUCAGAUUAUGUUACUAAAAAAUACAGAGGCACCGCCUCUCCACUUAUCCAACCAAUCACCUGAGAGAACAGCUGAUAAUGAGGUGGACAGGCCCCACCCCUCACCCAUAACACCCAAAGCCAUUGGCCAACCAGGACCAAGAGGACAACCAGGGCCAAUGGGGCCCCCAGGUCCCCCUGGGCCCCCUGGACUUUUGGGAAAGACAGGAUUCACUGGGAAACCUGGACCUGUUGGACCCACAGGGUUGCAGGGGCCACAAGGGACCCCGGGAGAGAGAGGCCUUCCUGGGCCACCUGGGCCUCCAGGGCCUGCUGCAUCUUCUCCCUUCUCCAUCAGGGGAGAUGUUUUCACAUUAACGGCGAGACAGCAUGCCCAGUAUGAGGAUGGUGACCUCCCUGCCUAUCGUGACCAGAAUUUUCUCGGACCCCCUGGGCCCCCAGGCCCACCUGGCCCGCCAGGGCCCACUGGACCACCUGGACGCCCAGGUGCCCCUGGAAAAAACACUGCUCUAAGCCUGUUAGGUAAGCCAGGGGACAGGGGCCCCAAAGGAGAUCCAGGAGAAAGAGGUCAAUCUGGACUCACAGGAAAACAAGGAGAGCCUGGUGUUCCAGGUCCUAAAGGUGAGCCAGGAGAGACUCAAGGAGAGGUACAGCAGUUAAGAGAGGCUCUGAAAAUUCUGGCGGAGAGGCUUCUUAUUCUAGAACAUAUGAUUGGGAUUCAUGAUACUCUGUUGGAGUCUGGUUCUGGAAUAGAUCUUCUGGCAGAUUUCAUGCCAACAGGCAAUGCUAAAAGUGUUGGACCUGGCCAACCAUCCUCUCCUCUUAUCUAAGACUGAGAGUAGCUGGAACCUGUUGGGUGUGAAAAGAGAAUAACAAACAAGUGUGACCACUAGAGCGACCACUGAAAGGCCUCUAUCUUAUGUCUGUUUUUUUGAAGGACAUAUCCCUCAAUAUACAGUAUUUGUCAUAUUUACUGGAUUGAGGGUGGAUUUUCACAAGCCAUUCAUAGGAUUUGUGUUUAAAUUCUAAUUGAAAUAGGUAAUUCUGCAUUUGUUUUAGAGUGGCACUGAUCUUUUUUAUUUCCUAAUCUUUAUGUACUCUUGUUUUAAUGUUUGUUGGCAAUAAAUUUUUUACUUGUCCUAAAUGGUUAGUUCACCAAAAAACAAGAGGGAACAUUUUGAAGAAUGUUGAUGACCCUUUUUAUUCCAUACAAUUAAAGUGAAUGGUGACUGAGGCCUAACAUCUCCUUUUAUGUUCAAUGGAAGAAAGAAAGUCAUAUGGAUUUGGAACAAGAUGAGGGUGAGUAAAUGAUGAUAGAAUUUAACAUUUUUGGGUGAAUUGUCCCUUUAAGUGCCUGUGCAGUUUUGUGCAAUUGGUAAAAAAUAGUGAUUUGGAAAAGCAAUUUAAGGUUCUUAAACCAAACAAAAAGUAGCAUUCUUGACACUAUUAUCAGUGUUGGGUGUAAUCCUAUUACAAAGUAAUUUGUUACUGUAAUCUAAUUACUUUUUAGUCAAAAAAAGUAGUGUAAUGCAUUACAUUUUAAAUUCUUGUAAUCAGAUUACAGUUACUGUAAUUCAAUUAAUUUAAUUACUUUUAAGUACAAGAGUACAAGAAGGAGGUGCCUUGUCUGUAACAAUGAACAAGAAAGAAAUAUAGACAUUAUUUUGAAUUUCUUGGGUCACCUUACGCUUGCUCACUGGGGGUCUCUAUAUAAAUAUAAUUAUUUUCUAUUAUUUAUUUUAAGGCACAAUGUACAAUCAUAUUUAGUUUUUUUUUUUUAUUUUUUUUUAAACCGCACUAUUAUAACUCAGAGACAUUACUAUAUUACAGCUUUUUCUGUUGAAGCAUAAUUUUCUGUAAAGCUGCUUUGAAAUGAUGUGUGUUGUGAAAAGCGCUAUACAAAUAAAAAUAACUUGAGCGGAAAAGUGUUUAAGAAAGUAACGUAAAAGUAAAGUAAUUAGUAAUGUGAUUACUUUUCAGUUAAGUAAUUAGUAAAGUAAUCUGAUUAAAAUUUUAGAGAAAUAAUAGUAAUUUGUAGUGGAUUACUACCCAACACUGAGUCUAUUUUCUUCAUAAUUAGCUUUAUGAGUUUGUUUUGGAUAAUGAUUUUAUACCACACUUAAAGUAGCAUGUAUUUUCAUAGAAACUGCAACUCUCCAGCGAACAUAAAACAGCAAGCAUUUUUCUUGUCAUUUCCUUUUGUGUUCUGAUGGAUGACCUACGAUGACCUCAUGCACAGAAUUAUCGGCAGUCUCAGCUGUGGCUUUGUAUAAACACAAUCCAUGGCUCAAAGCUUACUGUAAAUAAAAAUAGAAUAGGAACUUUAAAACCAAAUUUGGCCCUUGUCUGCUUAGAAAGUGCAAUGUCCACCACAAUAAAAUGUGUUUACACCUUAGCUCACCUGUUCUCAUUCAUAAAGCCUAUCACUGACUCGUUGAAAACCCAAAAUGGCAGAAUGCACCAAGGGCUGCUAUUAAUAGGGCUGAAGUGAAUAGCCUUUGAGACACAAAAGGCCAUGUUGACCUUGUUCACAGUGCACUGUUCAACACGCCAGUGUGGCUUUAAGCUUAUUGUUGCAGUUGAGCUUUUGUAAACCCCUUGGGAGGGAACGAAAUCUUUCAGAAUCUCAGAAUCUUUAUUAAGAAAGAAGAAUUAAGUAUCCUGAGUGUCCGGUCAGACAUUUCCCACGGUAAUAUGUUGUAUAUUAAGACAAAACCUGAUUGCUUAUUUUGUGCU